AUGGGGCUGAGACUUUUAGCACUAGCGUGUUUGGCGGGAGCUGCAUUUGCUGCAUCCAAUCCAAAGUUUGAUUGGAAGGUCGGAGAAGCAUACGCUUAUCAUUUCCAAUCGGAAAAUAAUGUAACUUACACUGGCAGCCAAACACAGAAAUCAUCUGUUGAGGGCACAUUGGAAUACCAUAUAAUUUCUCCUUGCCAACAUGUUCUCAAAAUGAGAAACAUCAGACUCAAUCAGAAACUGACUUCAGAAGAAAAGGAAGACCUGAAGAAGAAACUUGAAAUUCCAUUACCGUUUGCCAUAAACGACCAGGAGGUACAACACAUAUGUCCAGGUUCGGAAGAGAACACACAGUCUCUUAAUAUAAAAAAGGCCAUGAUAUCUUCUUUUAUUAAUUCCAUGUCCAGAUUAGAUACUCCAGAAGAAGUUGAGACGCACGAUAGCUUGGGAAGCUGUAAAACAAAAUAUACCCCUUCAUAUGAUCAGGGGUUGGUUAUAACGAAAGAAAAAGAUUUGAAAUCUUGCACCAACAGACAUACACUUCAUACACCUCUCCUCACAACAAAAUUUCCUUCUUCUUUAAUAUUCGAAAAUGAUCGCUUAGUUUGCAAACAAUACAUUGGAGACAAAAUUCUAAAGAGAGUCGAAUGCAAUGAAACGGAGAGAAUGAAGCCGCCAAUGAAAGAAAAAAGCAGUUGGAUUGAAUUUUCAAGCAAUCUUGAAAUAACAUUUCUAGAAAGGAAAUCCGCAGAGCUAUUUCAGACUAGUGAAGAUAGUACACAGGAAGAACUUUUAUUCGGUAUUGAAGAGACAAGGAAAGGGGACAGCCACGGGAAAGAUGUAGAGAAUAUUUUGGUAAAACUCUGUUCUAAGAACAUUCGUGUAGUUGACGUCAGUGUUAGUAGUGAUUUUAUAAGACUUGGCCAACUGGCAAAGAGUUUGUCGUACAAAGAAUUUGAUAGAAUCUACGAAUCUCUUAAGAAUGGAAAAAUAUGCUCUUCGAAGAAGGUUAAGGAUCUUUUCGUUGACACUUUACCUAUGACUGGGACUAACGAUGCCGUGAAAUUUAUGGUAAAACUGAUUGAAAACCAGGAAAUAACAGGAAUAAAAGCAAAAUUGUGGCCGGCUUCUUUUGCUUUGAUUCGAAAACCUACGAAAGAAAUGGUGUCUUCUGUUAUUCCUCUUGUUAAAAGGGACUCUUCAUCACCUGUGAUUCUUGGAGUUUCCGCUAUGAUACACCGAAUUUGUUCUGCAGAAGACUGUAAAAGAGUAAGCUCUGUGAAUCAAGUCGUCUCAGUAUUUAACGAACACAUAGGUGAGAAUUGCUCAUCUGACGAUGAUGAUAAGGUACUGUCAGCUCUUAAAGCCUUCGGAAACAUGGGAUACCAUGGUAAAGCUCGUAGAAACAUCAUUGCAUGUGCACAAGACAAUUCUAAGUCUAUCAGGUUGAGACUGGCUGCUAUAGAUGCAUUCAGAAGAAUAGAUGAGAAAAGACCCGAUGAAUUUAUUACGAUGUAUUCAAAUAAAAAUGAAGAUUAUGAAGUUAGGAUUGCUGUCUUUGCCAGUGUAUUUGCACAUGCUGAUCAUGAACAGUUUCAAAAAAUCAAAGAAACAGUUGACAGUGAGAGCAAUCCUCAAGUGGGUGCGUACGUAUCAUCAUGCAUUACAAACCUGAAAAAGACCACGAAACCAACCAAGCAGAAAGUAAAAAAAUUGUUCCAGAACUUUGAUAUUCAGCCGCCAAAAUUUAAAUAUUGGGAAAAUUCCAAGAACAUUGAAGUAGCUGGUUUCAGCAAAAUUUUGAAAGUUGGUGGAGGAAUUGAAGCUGACAUCAUUCAUUCUCCUGACUCUAAAAUCCCACGAUCUGUUUCUACUCGUUUCGAUAUAGAUGUAUUUGAUAACCAUGUUAAUUUGUUAGAAUUUGGCAUCAGAGCGGAAGGCAUUGAAAAACUGGUUGCUAAGAUUAUUGGUUCUAAGGAUUCCCUACCUAAGGAAUCAUCCUGGGAUCUUUUUAGUCCAAAACGACUUACUGGAGACACAGAUGCUGAAGUAUCAGGUUUUUUCCGGAUCUUGAAUACUGAAAUCCUUGAUAUGUCGGCGUCCGAUUUAUCAGGAAUAGGGGAAAUGAUUAGAAUUGCUGAUAUGAUGAACUCGAUGGCACAAGAUAAAAGCGCAGAUUUCUCUCACAGCUUCAUCUUCAUGAAUUCUAAGCUUGUCAUUCCAAGCGUUACUGGACGAUCUUACUCCAUCGAUUUCACAGGAAGUUCGACUGUAGGAGUCACAGCUAAAAGCAAGGCUGAUAUCUGGUCACUUCCACGAAAUGCUGAUGUCCAUCUCCAUUUUCAGCCCAGUGUAAAUGUGGAAAUCUCUACAACAGUUGGAAUACAAUCCAGCAAACAAAGACCAGAUAUUAAGCUUUUAACUCGUAUGCACAUGGAGUCAGAUAUGGAAGCCAAGCUCCAUGUCAAAGAUGGGCAUGUUGCCAUAGCAAGCUUGUCACUGCCCUCUGAGAACAUAAUGAUGGGCAAGAUAAGUACUGAUGUAUUAAAUGUCGACGAGGACCACAAUGAAAAGCGAAUUUAUGAUAAAAUUCAAACGAAAGUUGAUCACUGCAUCACGAAGUUACACAAACCACUUGGUAUCACUGCGUGUGCCAAACUUGAAGUUCCUAAACCCUUGAUGACCAAUUCAUUCCCUUAUGUUUUACCCUUUGCAAAUGGUGAAUUUGCGGUAAAGAAAUCCGAUAAUAGUUUCAAUUCGUACGUCAUGCAUCUUGAGAUUCCAAAGCAUCGUGGUUCUCAAAUGAAAUAUAAAGCCUCUUUGGAUACACCAGGAUCAAAAAUUUCAAGACGAUUUGCAGCUGAUUUAGACUUAAGACAUCAUGCAGAUCAUAGGCAAUUUUCGAUUGAGCUUACAACUCCUUUUAUAACUGCAGGAGCAAGUGGUUCGUUUACAAAAAAUGACAAAUUAAUCCAGGGAACACUGGAGCUUCAUAGCGAUUCAAAACAAGUAAUUUCGACGAAUCUUACUACCGAGCUAAUCUCUUCAUCCAGAUCCAGAAAAAUCUAUCAAAUUUCUGCCGUUGCAUCUUACCGUGACCUUGAACCUGUAAAGAUUGAUGGAUCCCUUACUUUUAUUAAGGGAAGAAAGCAUCACUUGGGUUUUGAUUUCAAAAUGAACAAACCAAAUUCCAAACCGAUAGCAUUAAAAGGUACUAUUAUGAAAGAAGGCAACAUGGAGCUUUCAUCAAAAAGUGAAUGGAAGUUAAGCACUGAAGCGUCUUUUAAUUCUCCUAUUGGUGAUAUGAAAAUUAGUAGUACAGUAGAUAAAAGGUCUAAACAACUUCAAGCUAUGUCUGUAAAUCUUGGAAUGGAUUAUAAGAUGAUUGGAGGAAAAGAAUAUUCUGCUUCAUUGGUUGGAACAUCACAAAUGAGUUCUAGAAAAAUUAAUACAAAUGUUAAAUUGGAGACGACUCAGUAUCCUGAAGUAAACUGGUAUUUGAAUUGGGACAUGCAAAGAGAAUCAACAGAUAGUAUAAAAAAUAAUCUUACUUUAAAAUAUGGACAAAAUCCAGAGAAAAAUUAUAUCAAUUUAAAACAGGUGUCUCGUUUACCUCCUUCGGGUCGUGGAGAAAACAUGGCUGCCAUAGAAAUUCCCCAACUCAACGUCAACUAUGAAGUAUCAGUAAAGCAUAAUUUAGAAAUGGGGGCCACUCCGAGAUUUCAAGUUGAUGCUGAUCUUCUCUAUAAUCAAGAUAAACGUGUAAAAGGUCUUAUUGACUUGAAAUAUCAAUCCAAAGCUCCUUUGAAAGCAUCAGGAAAAUUUGAAUUGAAACAUGCUGGAGGACAUUAUAUUUAUGAGGAUGAAAUUGUAGAAAGGAGCGAUAAUGUAAUAGAAGGUAAAUCGAGAUUUCAAUAUGAAGAGGGAAAAGUAAUUCAGUUGAAGUAUAACUAUAAGAGGUUAAGUGAUGACUCUAAAUUGCAUCACGAGAUUGAGAGUUCUCUUCAAACUCCUUCAUCACCAAGUCCACUAAGAAGUAACGCUCGUUUUAAACUGGACAGUGAUUCUUUGACUUUAGAAGGAAAUAUUGGAUCUAAAUAUCUUUUACAAGCUCAUUUGAAUCAAAGUGAGACGGAUCUUCAUGUGAAACAUCCUUCCAUAGAAGGAAUGUUUAAGAUAAACAACGGGUUAUUGGUGAAAAAUUUAAGCUUAGAUCUGAGAUUAAAAUCCAAAAAUCCACGACAUAUAAAAGCUUCAUUAAUAACAGAGAUGUCAGAAAAUAAAAAAGGAUUUCAUUUCGUGAUCAUACCGGACGUGGACCAUGAUAACGAAUCGAAAAUAUUGGCAUAUACAGAAGUAGAAAUCUCGAAGACACCUAGAGGUGAUACUUACAAAAGCUCAUCUAAACUGAAAAUAUUUAAAUUUGUCAAUAUUUCUCUUUCUGAAUCAGGAGAUCUUUCAGUCAUUGGUGAUCAAGAAUUAACCUUAGAAUACAGUUCGGUAGAUACUAACCCCGUUAAAAUUCAAUUUAAAAGUAAAACUGGUAAUGAAACAGCAGCAUCUUUAAUCUUGGUUUCCAUAAAUAAUUUUGAAUUUGCUAAGAUGCAAUUAGAUGCUGGUUGGAAAGAGGAACCUAAUAAACGUGAACUUUUAGUUAAUGGUUCUCUUACUUCACCAAGUCACUCUUUUCAACCCAUAGAUGUUCAUCUAGCUCAAAGAGUAACUCGAUAUAGACAUUCAACUAUCAUAAAAUCACUUUUCAAUUUGAAGAUUCGGGAAAAUAUUUAUAAAGCUGAAUGGAAUUCUGAUUUGCAACCUAAUGGCAUUGAAUUAAAAGCUGCAGUGCAAACUCCACACGAAAAUUAUGAGAAACAAGCUUUUGGUAUCUCUGUUCAACGUUCUGGUUACGGAAUAUUAUCGUCAAUGAAUAUUGAAAUUCCAAAUAAUAAAGGAAUUUUUAUUGCAACGGAAAUAAUAAAGAAGAAUGAUGAAUUAAGUGCCACUUGUAAAAUAAGUACACCCAUUAAAGAGAUAAGAGAUAUCCAGCUUAAACUAACUGUAGACAAUCAUAGAAGCAAGAAAUCUCUCAAAUCAUACAUAGAUGUCAACAGCAAAAGAAUUUCCGAAAUUCAGGCAAAUAUAAAGUCAUCCUCACAGGAAACUGAAGCUGAAGGAAGCAUUAAGAUCAUUAAUCUUCCUAAUAUUAAAUUCCAAGAAUUCCAUAUAAAGUUUCGAAGUACGAAAAGCUCUGCUUCAGUAUCAGGAAGUGCUCAUGUAGCAGGAAAAAACGGAUUCUUAUUUUCUUCGGAGAUUAAAAAAGAAGAUAAUAUUAUGUCUGCCACCACAAUGAUUUCUUCACCUUACAAAAAUUUGAAAGAUGCCAAAAUAUAUAUUUCAAUCGAUAAUCAAUCAGCUAAGAGGAAUGUGGUAUGUUAUAUUGAUGCCAAUGGUGAACGAAAGGGUGAGGUAGAAUUAAGUAUUACUUCUUCGAAUCAAAUUAUUGAAAUAAAAGGUCGCGUAAAAAGUAUUCGCAUUCCCGAAAUAUCAGCGAACGUAAAAUAUGAAAAAACUGGAGAAUCCUUUGCGAUUUUUACCAAUAUUGUUAAAGAUAAAUCUCCUUUAUUUUCCACAAGUUUCAACAGGUUCUCACAUUCCGGUAGCGAAAAACUUCUAAUGAAAGCCACGAGCUUUGAAAAAAUAAUUCUUGAUUUAGAAGUUUCAAAAGACGAGUCUAGGGAUGACUCGAAAAAACUCAGUUUCAAGGUCAGUGGAGAAUUCCCUGCUGUAUCUGUGACAUUAUCAAGGAAUUAUAAUGAUCCUACAUCCAUGAGUACCGAAUUAAGCGCUUGCCAAGAAGGUCACCAAAUGAAAUGCUACAUGUUGAAAUCCUACCAAAAAAAUGUGCUUAAUUCUGAUAAUAACAGAUUUUAUCAAAAACUCACAAUGGACUUGGAAAAAUCUGUUGGUGGAUCUUAUGCUGAAGCAAUAGGGAGUUUACAGAUAGUUGUAAAUCAAGAUAAAUAUGAUUCUGGAUCAAAGCUCAUUUUUCAAUCUAAAGAUAAAAAGUUAGGAUAUGAAAUGAAGUUGCACAAAAGACAACAUCAAGAUGAUCACCACUCUUUUGAUACAUAUAUUUUCCUACCUCAACGCACCUCUAGAUUCACUGCAUCUUUCCUGCAAAACAGCCAUCAAAUGAGGUUGGAAUUCGGUGCUGUCCCAAACACAGAAGACCCUAAUAGUAAAUUCGGUUUUGAUAUGAGAAAAGAAGUUAAACCUGAGUCAAAAGAUAUUUCUGGGUACAUAAAAAUGGACCAUCCUACCCGAUCUGAACCCUUCUUAUUUACUUAUAAACUCGAACAAGUUGAUAAAACAUUUGUCAAAGGAAAGAUGCUGCUACAUUACAGUACAACUUAUGGAAAAACUUUGAUUUUCGAAAUAGAUCCUAAUUUAGUGCAGGAAACAUAUGGAAUAAGGUCAAUGGUUUAUAAGCUGUACACACAAGAUAAAAGUUUGGAUGCGCACUUAAAAUUGAUCAAGCAAAAUUCUAAGCAGGAAGACAAAAUUGGGUAUGAAUGGAAAUACAUCUCAGGUGGUGAUGAAAAAAUGGGUGGAGCUAUAGCUACUCUUUACGACAAAAAGGCUGGGAAACCAAAAAGCUUAAAGAUUCAGUAUUAUAGUCCUUCCACGGAUUAUGAAGUCCUAGGAAGCAUCGCUCAAGCUCCAGAAGACGCCAGCGUCAGUCUUGUUUCACGUGGCCAAAAAAUGAAAGAGCUUCGCAUUAAAACCUCUGAUUCAUGUCUGAACAUCGAAAUAAACCACUCAGGUCCUAUUAUGAAUGGUUCGCUCUGCGUUAAUAAGCGAGAAGGAGAUACAGUACAUUUGGUAAAAGCUGAUGUUUACUGUCGCCGACAAAAGUGCUUAGAUGCCCGCUUAUACCUGGACCCUCAGAAACCAGAAUUUGUGUCUAUGGCUCUGAAAUGGGAAAAACAAAAUAUCCUCAGAUCUUUGAGGAAAACGACAGGUUAUGACGAUAUUUUCCAAGACUCUACCUUUACAAAGAUUGUUCAAGAAUUGAAGCAUAAAAUCGUUCAGACUAAAAGAGACAUUUUAUCAUCCUUUCACGAAAAGUUAAGGAGGGGAAUAAACAAAAUUGAGGAAAUUAAGGAAGAAAUUAUCAGGAAAGUGAAACGAAUAUCCAGAUGGCAGUUUGAAGUGAUCGAUGAGCAUAUGCAAUCAUACACUGAUUUUGUAAAAUCCUUUUUCAGAUAUAUAGUUGAGUUAUUACCUUUAGACUAUAUUAAAGAGCAAGUUAUAGGACCUCUUCGUGAAGCCCUUAUGUGCUUUUAUCAGGAAUAUACGAAGUUAAUUUGGGAACACAUUCCUCAAUUCCUCAAGCUGAUUGCAGAUGUCACCAGAUCACAGUUUGAACAUUGCCUGAAAAAGUACUGCAUUGAAGGAACAUUUUGCAAUGAUUUCCUUCACAACUACGAUCAACAUGGUAUACAGGCAGCUCAAGAUGUCGUUCAGAGACGAAUUUCUAAAGUUCUUGAAUAUUUGAAAUCGCACCUCCCACCAAUAUCUCUUGUCGAAUUUAUCAGAAUCAUUCACUCUGAAGUUGCUCGUAGAAGAAAGGAAAUCGAAUCAAUGUUUGGAAAAUUUAUUGGUGACAAGAUAAUUUCAAGAAUCGGAGACUAUGGUAAAAGAAUAGAAAUGAGACUGCGUCAGAAACUUAUUGAUGAUAUGGACAAAAUUAUCAACUUCAUAAAUCAAAUAUUCACUGACGAUGAAGAUUUCAAGAUGGCUAAAUCUUUAGCAACAAAAGCAAAGAAGAAGCUAACGGAUAUGUGGAAGAAUAGAGAGGAAAUCGCCGAAAGUUCCUUACAAUCAGUAAAGGAAGAUAUCAAAGAAAAUGCUAAGAAGUUGAUUCAAGCACAUGUUCAAGUUCAGAAAUUCGACACAAAAGCAGGAGAGGUGCAGUUUAGUUUCCGUCAACCGUUAGGAGCCGUUGAAGUUGAAAUAUUGAAAAAUGAACUACGAGCGAUCAAUCGUCAGCUCGAAGAAUACUUGAGAAAUUAAGAUAAGAGAGAAAAAUGCAAAUAUCUGAAUUUCAUACUACUUCGUAAAAAAAGCGUAGACUUCUCUGAGCUCUUUGACCAAAUUAUC